AUGGUGCAAAAGUUCUUCGGCAAGGAUGUCAUCACCUUCUGGGCCGGAGACAUGAUGUCCAUCGGCUACGGUUAUGGAACUGUGCACAUCCUUGAUGAUUCCUACAAGGAUAUCUACACUGUCCAACUGACCGGCAACUUCGUCACCCCGGACGGCUCAAGCAAAGACUCAUACUGUGACAUGCACGAGAGCCUCAUUACUUCCCGCAACACUCUCAUUUGCACCGCAUACAACGUCACUCAGCAUGACCUGACUUACAUCAACGGUACCUCCUCCGAGUGGAUGCUGGACAGCCAAUUCUACGAGAUUGACAACCCUACCAACCAGGUUCUGCACUCAUGGAGUGCCCUUGACCAUGAAGCUGACCUUCCUCUGACCACCUCCCGCCAGAGUCUCGGAAAGGAUGUCGGUACUCAGGAUGCCCCCUAUGAUGCCUACCACAUCAACUCCAUCGCCACCACCAACCAUGGCUAUCUUAUCUCGCUGCGCCACAUCGGCGAGGAUGGUGCCGACUUCAAGCAGAUUGGCAGUGUCGAAUUUUCGUGGCAACAUGACAUGCGCGUCUACAACGAGACCGACAACGGGCUCGUCCUGAACCUGUUCAACAAUGCCAACACCCCCACUGACGAAGAGUCAGAGACUACCGGCAUCAGCCUGGCCAUCGACCUGGACAAGAAGACAGUUACCGGUCUUCGCUCUCUGGCUGACCCCAACGACCCCGUCCACUCCGUCAGUCAGGGCAGCUACCAGCUCCUCGGUGAGGUAGGCAGCCAUGCCUUCCUGGCCUACGGCUCCAUUCCCAAAGUCAAGGAGUUUGAUGUUGACGGUAACGUCGUUUUCAGCGCUAAAUUCGGCGAUGAAAAUGCUGUUGCAUCUUACCGCGGCUACCGCUACCAGUGGACUGCGACUCCCUUUUGGAAACCCUCCGUGUCGGUUAACAGCACCAGCUCCGGUGCUACCGUCUACAUGAGCUGGAACGGCGACACCGAAUAUGACAACUGGGCCCUCUAUGCGGCUUCUUCUGCCACCUCUACCAAUAACACUCAGAUCGCCACUGCUAUGCGCACUGGCUUCGAGACUUCUGCUACCCUUGUCGACCCUCCUACCAACUUUGUUCAGGUUUUCGCUCGAAAGGGUACCAGCCUUCUCGGCACCUCGGAGGCUGUCUCAUUCUAA